GGCGCUUGGAAAUGUUUCAAUGGAUUUUAUGGAUCACAGCAAUCCCAGGUGGGAUAACGGGAAGACAAGGACGCUGAGGAGGAGGGAACAGAUGAUUCUGCCAGAGCCCAACAGUCGCGUGCAGGGAGUGUGGCCAAGAGCAAGCAGAUUUUAAUUCGUGGAGGGAAGGAGACUGGACACCUUGGAGAUCAAAUAGAAAUAAAGCAACGUGUUCUAUGGCAGGUGACUGCGCAAAAGCUGGGCGGUAUUUUACAGCUGCAGGAUUUCCGACUGUCUUCCAAGAUCUGUGGGUGUGUAAGUGCCACAAAAGUAAUUCAAGAGCUUCUUUUGGCAAAAUGAGAAGAUUCGGACAAGCCUUCAGAAACUAGACGCUAUACAAUUAUCCAUUUUGAAGGUCUGUAAUCAGUCUUCCCAUCAAGCUGUAGAGACAAAAAUCAGGAAGAUUUCAUCCUUCAAAGCAAGGACUUGCCAUGUCUUAUCAUUACAAUGAAGCCUUUGAAAACCCGGACUACCACUUCUCAGAGACACUGGAAAUUGAUAGAAAGAGGAGUUCUCAAAAGAACCUGUUCUCUCACCAAAGCCCUUACAAUUCCUCACUGCAUGUUUCCUCUGGAGAACACGGUGGAAGAGGACAGAAUUACCCCCUGGCCGUACGAAUGGCCUCCAUGAGGCAUGGCUCUGAAUACAGCGAAGAUUUACCAACAGUUUAUGGCCUAAGCAGAAGUCCACAUGGAAAUUCCAUGGAUAAUCUUUCCUUUGAGCCCGAGCCAGAACUGGCACUGAGCCCACCUUCUACCUCCCAUCUGCUGCAUCGCCCCGAUACCCGCAGAAUUUCCACUGGAUCAGAAGAGGAAAAGUUAGUUGGAAAUCUUGCCAGUAUGUCCACCAGCGAAAGGAUUAAAGCAAUCCAGAAGAUGCCAGAGAACAUGAAAAAAAAGAGAGAAAUCAGGAAUAAAGUUCUUAAAGAAAUAACAGAGAAAUCACGGCGGGGCAGAGCUCAGCUUUCCCGCUGCACACAGUGUCUGCAGGGACCAGCGCUGUUGUUUCGGCGAUUUGGAAACAGCCUGGCAGAAUAUUUUCACGCACUGCGGUUAUGGCACAGGACUCUCAAGGUCAUUGGUGCAGAGUUUGGAACAAGUGUUCUUUCUUAUUUUAUUUUCUUGAAGUGGCUGCUGACUUUCAACCUCUUCUCAUUCCUCAUAAACUUCAGUUUCAUCACAAUCCCUCAGUUUUUUGCAGCAGAACCAAAUAACGUUUCAUUCACGGGUCUGGAGCUGUUCACUGGAGCUGGUUAUUUUCAACAAACUGUACUCUACUAUGGCUUUUACACCAAUGCUACAAUCAGUAAAAUAAAGAAUGGUCCAUCUUACAACAUGCAGCUGGCCUAUAUUUUCACUGUUGGAAUGUAUUUUGCCAUCUGUUUUCUUAUCCUGUUGCUCAGCAUGGCGAAAUCCUUCUGCAGGAACUUCAUUAACCCCCAGACAUACUCUGGAAACGCCAGCAGGCUUCUCUGCACUUGGGACUUCAACAUAACGAACGAAAAAGCCGUGAAGCUGAAACAAAAGAAUCUCAGGACACAGAUAAAGGAAGACCUCAUGGAAGUAAACCGAGAAGUUCUAAAUCUUUCUGCAAGGGAGAGACUUGUUCGUAUUGUUAUUCACCUUGUUUCCUGGGCUGCUUCGCUGGGCACAGCAGUAGCCGCUUGUGCUGGUGUUUACUUCCUCUCCAUUAAUAACGCAAAGCUGUUUGUGAAUUGGCAUAAAAACGACCUUGGGAGCCAAGCUGCCACGUUGGUGCUACCUAUUGUCACAUCUCUCCUCAACACAUUUGUCCCGCUCUUCUACUCCUGGCUUGGACACCUGGAGAGAUUUCAGACUCCUGGAUACCGGAUAUAUGUCACCAUUACAAGAAAUAUCAUCCUGAAGAUCUCAAUUGUUGGAAUACUGUGCUACUACUGGCUUAACGUUGUGGCUGCAUCACAAUCACAGUGCUGGGAGACUCUGGUUGGCCAGGAUAUCUAUCGUCUUGUUCUAGUUGACUUCAUAUUUUGUUUGCUUGGCUCUUUCUUUGGAGAGUUUUUGCGAAGAAUUAUUGGAACUGCAGUCUGUGCGAGCUGGGGGCCUCCUGAAUUUGAUAUUGGACGAAAUGUUUUAGAAUUGAUCUAUGCCCAGACUUUGACCUGGAUUGGUAUCCUGUUCUCACCUCUGCUGCCUGGUAUCCAGAUGAUAUCGUUUUCUAUAGUAUUUUACGUGAAAAAGGUCAGCCUGAUGAUGAAUUGCCAACCCCCCCGCAAAGCCUGGAGAACAGCACAAAUGACGACGUCCUUCAUGUUCCUGCUGUUUUUCCCCUCCUUCGUGGGCGUCCUGUCGGUCAUCGCGGUCACCGUCUGGAGGUUAAAACCUUCAGAAGAGUGUGGUCCUUUCCGAGGUUUGUCUUCUAUGUAUGCUGCGGUCUCCAACUGGAUAAAAAUACUGGAAGGUUACACUGCCUCAAAAUGGGUUGUGUGGAUCUACUCUAACUUAAUUACAAGUGAACUUUUCUUUUUCAUCCUCUCCGUUCUUGUCCUAAUUAUUACUUAUCUUUACUGGCAAAUAAUAGAAGGAAGAAAGACCAUGGCCAGACUCUUACGCAAGCAAAUCAUUAAUGAAGGAAAAGAUAAAAUGUUUUUACUUGAAAAACUACGGGCACUGCAAAGGGCAAAACAAACCGUACUUGCAUGGAGAGAACAAGGCCGGCAGUCUCCCUACUCUGCUGGGAGCUCGAGAGGCACCGGCUUCCCACAAGCACGCAGCUCCGGCACCGGCGCGGCAGAGGCCCUGGCGCUCGCUCUGCGCGCUAGAGAGGCAGCGCGGUGGGAAGACGAAGACGACGACAAAGACUUUUGACCACGACGGGGUGGACUCAAUAAUGAACCUCUUCCUGUUCUGCAGAAAGCAAAUGCAUUGACACGAAUGACCCAAGGUACCAUUCAAACUUCUUUUUUUACCUCCAAAUGGUAGAAAAAGCAGAAGAAUAGAUUACAAACUGCAUCGCCAGUGCAGUUGUUGGUGAUGAUGGGGAAUGUCGUGGUGUUUGGUUUGGGAGCGAUGUCACUGUGGGUCCCCCCACAGCCACUCCUGUCCUGCUCACCAAGUACAAGGAAACUUGGGCCUAAUUGUAAAUAAAAGCUUUGGUCUAAAAAUA